CUUCAACAACUUCAUCCGCCAUCGAAUUUUAUGACAAAAAUGUUGUAAUAUUUCUGUUUUCUUCAUCAAAAACGUCGGUGAUAUCAUGUCUGGGGGAACAUUUCAGAAAGCAAUCGAGAUCGUCACUAAAGCGACAGAGGAGGAUAAAGCUGGUAAUUUUGAGGAAGCCUUAAAGCUGUAUGAACAUGGUGUCGAGUAUUUUUUACAUGCAAUCAAAUAUGAAGCUCAGGGGGACAAAUCAAAGGAAAGCAUAAGGGCCAAAUGUAUGCAAUACUUAGAAAGAGCUGAGAAAUUAAAAACUUAUGUGAAAAAAGGAAAGAAAAAACCAAUGGCAUCCAGCUCGGGUGGUAAAACAAAUAAUGAUAGUAAAGAUUCGGACAAGGAAUCGGAUGAAGAGGAUGAUCAAUCAAAGAAAUUGAAAAGCCAAUUGCACAGUGCUAUUGUUAUGGAAAGGCCAAAUGUGAAAUGGGAUGAUGUUGCUGGCUUAGAAUAUGCAAAGGAAUCACUAAAAGAAGCAGUUAUAUUACCUAUUAAAUUUCCACAUCUCUUCACAGGCAAGAGGACACCUUGGCGGGGGAUAUUGUUAUAUGGGCCCCCAGGGACAGGAAAAUCAUAUUUAGCAAAAGCUGUGGCAACAGAAGCAAAUAAUUCUACAUUUCUGUCCGUUGCAUCCUCGGAUUUAGUUUCAAAAUGGCUUGGAGAAAGCGAAAGACUCGUCAAGCAACUAUUUACGUUGGCAAGAGAUCAAAAACCAGCAAUCAUAUUCAUCGAUGAAGUUGACUCGCUCUGUGCGUCGCGAAGCGAAAACGAAAGCGAAUCAGCGCGGAGAAUCAAAACAGAAUUUCUGGUCCAAAUGCAGGGUGUCGGCGUGGAUAACGACAAAGUUUUAGUAUUGGGAGCGACGAAUUUACCUUGGAUAUUGGACUCGGCUAUUCGUCGAAGAUUUGAGAAAAGGAUAUACAUUCCCCUGCCGGAGGUCUCGGCAAGAGUAAAAAUGUUUGAACUCCAUAUUGGUAAAAGUGGUCAUCAGUUGAGCGCAAACGAUUUCAAGGAGUUGGCGAAACGAACUGAGGGAUACUCUGGUGCAGAUAUUGGUAUUGUCUGCCGCGAUGCUCUCAUGCAACCAGUAAGGAAGGUACAGCAGGCAACCCAUUUUAAAAGGGCCCGAGGUCCCGCUAUUGGUGAUCCAAACACUAUCGUAGACGACUUACUCACACCGUGUUCCCCAGGUGAUAUGGGUGCAACACCUAUGAGCUGGAUGGAUGUCCCUGGUGACAAACUUUUAGAACCCGUUGUCGAUAUGGGUGAUAUGUGUCGUUCUCUGGCGACGACCAGACCGACAGUUAACCAAGACGACCUCAAGAAAUAUGAAAAGUUCACGGAGGAUUUUGGUCAGGAAGGAUAGUGUAAGUACAUACGUGACUCACCUUAAAUGGAAUAACAAUAUUUUCUCUUCGAACGAGAAAGCGAAGCAGUUACCUUUUGCACGAACUUAUAAUUUUGAACUUGUAGAAAAUAAUUGCGAAUUUUCAACCUGUAAAUGUAUAAAGCAUGCGCGUGACACAAAUAUAAAAAAAUAAGAUCAUUCCGAAAUGGGAAAUUUCUCAUGAACAUGUUUUCCAAUAAUCACACAACCAGCAUAACUUAACAAGUACUGAUCUGAAACAAAAAACUGGAUUUUGUUUCUGUGCACGUUAGAACAACUUGAAGUAUCUCAUUGGUUGGAACCGCUGAUCUAAUAAAACGCUGAAUAUAUCAAUGAAACCUAUUCAUAACGAACCCAAUUAAAUUGUCUUUAUGAAUAAAUU